AUGCGUGUUGCUACAGUUGCGACGCGAAUACCUUUAACGGGAUUGAUGUCGAGAGUAAGAGAACUGGUCGGGUGCGAUCUACACUCAGAGUUCAGAUGCGGAAGAACUCUUCUUUUCUUGAGCGAUUUUGUUGGAGUGGUCACCAUUUUAUGCUUACUAUUUACUCCAAUUCAGCAGAUUGUGCCACCCAAACUUUCGAAGCGUGGAGCGAUUGAAAUUUACAAUGUCAUCUUUUCAUCACAGAACAAGUGUUCGUAUAUGUCUGCUCCACCUGGGAAAGACGCGUAUCGUGACGAAGCAAACAAUGUCUCGGUAUUCGAAGUGUAUGGCACAACAGAAAAGAAAAAAGAUGUACUACAAGCGAUUAUGGGCUCACGCAUUUAUAAGCUGCCAAGGAGAGGCACCCUUCUUACUAUACGAAAAGGAUGUGGUGUAGCAAUGGAAAUGGAGAAGCACAUGGCUAAAGUAAUGCAGUUCAGAUUAUUAGCUAGCGAAGACGUACUGGAACCAGCGUUUAAGGCGCUUUUGAGUGCAGUACAGAGUUAUGAGGAAUUUCUCGGGUUCUUAUAUUCAGCCGAUGGAUACACGCUUAUGGUGGGUUUAUUGUAG